UAUAUAUUUUACGAGGAGUCGGGACGAGAAAAACCCGCCCGAUCGACCCGUUGCAAUCACUAAAUAGAAGUUUAAGAAAAACCCAAAAUCAGAGUUAAAGACUUAAGACUAACAAAACCGCGCGAAGCAGAACAAGUAAAGGGUGAAUCAGUACCAGGAAAGAAAAAAAUCCAAACCUAAAAAAAUGUCGGAGAAAUUGGCUCCUGAAAAACGACAUAGUUUCCUUCACAACGGUGAAGAGGUAUUUGAAUGGGAUCAAACCUUGGAAGAGGUAAAUAUUUAUAUAAACUUACCGCCGAAUGUUCACUCCAAGCAGUUUUACUGUAAGAUUCAGUCCAAACAUGUCGAAGUUGGAAUCAAAGGCAACCCUCCUUAUCUCAAUCAUGAUUUGUUCUGCCCGGUGAAGACGGAUUCAUCUUUUUGGACAAUAGAGGAUGAUAUAAUGCACAUAACUUUGCAAAAGAGGGACAAGGGUCAGACGUGGUCGUCACCUAUACUAGGUCAAGGUCAGCUGGACCCCUAUUCCACUGAUCUUGAGCAGAAGCGCCUCAUGCUUCAGAGGUUUCAGGAAGAGAACCCAGGUUUUGACUUCUCCCAAGCUCAGUUUACAGGAAGCUGUCCUGAUCCAAGGACUUUUAUGGGUGGUAUCCGUUCUGAUUGACAGUCUUCAUGUACUGGUUUGAUCACUUACAUAGUCCUGCUAUUAAAUCUUGACCUUUACUUAGUAAAUAAACAAUCUAAUGUGCUUUCACCCCCUAGUCAUAAGGCUUGAAUUAACUUCUUGGCUCAGCCAUCAAUCUUUGAUAAUAGUAUUACUACUAUGCAGUUUGUGAUUGCCAUGUUCAAAUCUAAUUAAGAAAUUGGAUUUAUCUUAUAGUUCUUCUUAAUCCUUUGUUGGUUACACCAAGCUGCUUGUCCUGCUAUUUAUGUUUGAUGGUAUGCACCAUCAGAAGUCAGAAUUUAACCCACCUGAUUAGGUUUCAAUCAAACAGAAUUGAGAAAAAUAGUUGGAAAUCUGGCUGUGGAAAUUGGUUUUCUAAAGUUUAGAUUUUAAUUUUAUCCGAGUUGAAUAUUUUUGCUCAGGUAUAUGAUAUUCAGUUAAAGUUGUGAUCAUUUUCUUUUUAAGUCACAUUUCUUCUUUCACAAAGAUAAUAUCAUAAGAUAAAGUUUGUUGUAGUCUUUCAAUUAGGGUGUAAUUG